UAUUUGACUGUUACACUGGUUUGGCACACGAAUCACUGUUGAGAACAUCCUGGAGUACAUUUUACAAAGUGUUUCUCAUACAGGUCAGGCUGCGAGGCUGCUGUGAUGGCGGUGAAGCUGCAAGGCUUUGAGUUCUGGAAGACCACGCUGAGGGGAGCGCGUUACGUCGUUGCACCCAUGGUGGACCAGAGCGAGCUGGCCUGGCGUCUACUGAGCCGUCGCCAUGGCGCCGAGCUGUGCUACACGCCCAUGCUGCACGCGCAGGUGUUUGUACGCGACGCCAACUACAGGAAAGAUAACCUGUACAGCGAAGUCUGCCCCGAAGACAGGCCGCUUAUUACACAGUUCUGUGCCAACGACCCAGAGGUGUUUGUCCAGGCAUGUCUACUGGCUCAGGACUACUGUGAUGCUAUCGAUCUCAACCUGGGAUGCCCACAGAUGAUCGCCAAGAGAGGGCACUACGGGGUCUUCCUACAGGAUGAGUGGGAGCUGCUGGAGAAGAUGGUGAAGCUAGCCAAUGAGAAGAUCUCUGUUCCCAUCACCUGUAAGAUCCGUGUGUUUAACAAGAUGGAGGACACUGUUCAGUACGCUCAGAUGCUGGAGAAGGCUGGCUGCCAGCUGCUGACCGUCCACGGUCGGACCAAGGACCAGAAAGGACCCGCGACAGGCAUCGCUAGCUGGGAACACAUCAAGGCUGUACGGAACGCUGUUAACAUCCCUGUGUUUGCUAACGGUAACAUCCAACACCUGAGUGAUGUGGAGCAGUGUAUGGAGGAGACUGGAGUACAGGGGGUGAUGAGUGCAGAGGGGAACCUCCAUAACCCAGCUCUGUUUGAGGGUCUCAGCCCUCCUGUAUGGGAGAUGGCUGAGGAGUAUCUGGAGGUGGUCAGUCAGUACCCUCCCUGUACCCUGUCCUAUGUCAGAGCACACCUCUUCAAGCUCUGGCACCACACGCUGCAGAUCCACAAGGACCUGAGAGAGGAGCUGGCCAAGGUGAAGAACCUGCAGGGGCUGACAGAGGUCAGCAGACAACUCAGACUACGCUGCCAGGAGGAGAUAACCAAUGGAGGAGAGGAGGCGGGGCAGGUGGUUGGGCUGCCAUUCCCUCAUUGGAUCUGCCAGCCGUACGUCAGACCAGUGCCGAAGGAUCCGGUUGCUAACGGUAACGGUACGGAGGUGAAGGCAGUGUGUCACAAGAGGGCGUUGUCACAAGAGGACUCGGACGGCGCGAGCGAUGCCCUCUCCAAAAACAAACAGAAGAAGAAAGCCAGAAACCCCCACAAGAACUUCUGUCCCGAGCAGAAACCAAAGUACAUCAAGUGUGAGCAGUGUGGAAAUCCAAAGGGUAAUCAGUGUGUAUUCAACCUGUGUCGAGGCUGCUGUAAAAAGAAGGCCUACAAGGAGGUGGCAGACUGCCCAAGUCACGGGCUGAGGUUCAAGACCAAGGCAGAGAAACAGAAGUCAGAGCGGGAAGAGGAGGAGGGAAAGAGCAGAGGAUUACAGGAGGAAGAGGAUGGAGGAUUGUUGAACGGGACCCUCAGCACCCCAACAGACCCCCACAGAGGACAGACUGUGUCCUGAGACAUGGACAUCCAUUCAGACGAAGAGCAGUACACACACACACACACACACACACACACACACACACACACACACACACACACACACACACACACACA